AUGGCCUUCUAUCCCGAGGCGCAGCCCGCCGCGGCUGCCUUUCACCACCCCGAUUCGGCCUACGCCAUGAAUCCCUAUGCUCAUCACGAGCAGACCCACCUCGCCGCUGCUCCCCCUCCGAACGGUGUGCCUGUCUAUCCUUAUGUCGAUGCUUCGGCGCAGGCUCAGUUGUACCAACGCCCAUCGUACGGCGACGUCGCAUCUGCUUCUGUCUCCAACGGUGUUGACCACAAUGUGUGGCAAGCCCCUCAAGCUCCCCGCCUUACCGCCGCCGCUGCCCGAGCCGGUCGACAACACUCGAUGGGCUACGCGCCUGCCGGGUAUGGGCAGACGCAUCCUUGGUACGCACAGUCUUUGGUUCCCCAGCCCUACCCACAGCCACGCACCCAUCAGCAACUCGAGCACCAGCUCUUGGUGCAGCACCAUCUUGCCAAGGUCCACGAGCGACAGAACUGUGCGCAUGUGUACCAACCUGCGUUCGGUUCGGCCUCGCUCUCUUAUCCACAGCAGCAGCAUCCUCCCUCCCAUCCUCAAAAUCAUUUUCAUCAUCACAACAACACCUUCCAACAACAACCUCAUGCCUACCAGACCGCAUCCUUUGCUGAUCACGAUACUCGCAGUGACCGAUACGCGAGGUAUCAUGAUGGCUGGUCCAGCUCUCACCGUGGCGAGCGUGCUUCGGACGCGCCACAAAAUGGUUGGUCAGCCUGGCAUCACGCCGCCGCCGCAGCUGCUCACCGUGAACAAAUGGUUGCGACCCAGCCAAAUGCUUCGCAUCGCCAUUCUAUCGACGCUGCCGCACACAACGCCGCGGCCUGGGCACCCUCUCACAAUGUCGCUGCUGCCCAGCAGCACGGUUGGGACCAGUCGACACACUACGCUCAGCAUUCGUACGUUGACAACCAUCAUGCCGACACAGACUAUCGCGGCUCGGCUGCUCGCAGAGGCUCGGGCUACGACUAUCCCGAUCACAUGUCUCGCUUUGUCCACCCACACGAUCGCUCGCACGAGUACGCGGAGCAUCACAGAAGAGAUGGGCCGCACAACUACGCACAGGCGCGCCACGGCCAACGGACCGCAUGGCAAGAGCGCGCGGACGAGUCUCGCAAUCGAACCGAGGCAACUCAUUGGCAGACGCAGCCCGAGGCUCGCCACGACUUGCCAGACGAGACCGUCGCCAACGUUGCAGAAGUACACGACUCCAUUCCCGCCGAAGAAGCCGCUGAGCAAGCUGCCGCUCCUGCACCCUGCUCUCCUGGCUCGUUGGAGAAGUCGGCGUUGCCCAUCGCUGCAAUCGGCGCCCAGCUCAUCUGGAAUGCCUGCGCCGCUCUCUUCGACCCCGAGCUGCUCAUCGAAGCUCACGAUACCGCCGACGAGGCCAUGGAGGAGGAUGUCGACGAUGCCAUGUCACCUACCGCGGCGUCCAUGCCCUCAUCGUCGUCCACGCCUUCGCUCAACACGCCCGACAUCUCGCCCUGGUCCUCGACCGUGCUUGACCGAUCCAGCGCCAACUCAGCCUCUUCGAACGAAUGGAAUGCCUUCCGCUCGCCGUUCGGCCCGGAGCGUCUGCCCCAGCUGCGUCCUCAAGCCCAUUCGUUCACUUUUGGCAGCGACCAGUCCUCGACUCAUCACGAUCUGCACCGCAUGGCUGUGGGUGCAGAACGAGCCCGCUCGACGCUGGUCCGAGACGCAUCGCCCACCAAACGCUCGCGUCAGGGCUCUGGCUAUUCGGAGGUCACCGCGGGACACAGCUCCAGCGCGAGCACAGCGAGCAGCUCCGAGCCAGGCACCCCUGCUUCUCUCGCACAUGAAAGCCCGGCCCUCAGCUCCACCGUCUCGGCCAACUCGAUCGAGACGACGCGCAGUCCUCUCCGCGCCGGCCUCGGCAUGUCGCUCGAUGGCUCGCGAUCCGAGUCGGCGAUCCGUUCGCGACGCAACUCGUCCAAGACCUCGCCUACGCUAGGAUCAUCCAAAUGGUCCGGAAGGAUCCGCGACAAUGUUCUUGCCGUGCUGCGCCUCGUCUCGCCUGACUGGCGUUGGAGCAACAACGACCAUCUCUUCGUCUCGCUGAGCGAGACCCUUCCAACCGCCAGCGCCAAGGCCAGCAACGCUCACUCUCAAGGUCGAUCCGGUGGCCGGGACUCUGUGACGAGCAUCGUCACUUCGUACGCCAACGAACCCAGCCCUGCUUUCCGCAGGUUUGUGCAUCAGGUGCUUGCUCAGACCCUGCUCUCGCCUCCUGCUUUCCUUCUCGGCAUCCUCAACGCGCUGAGGUUGCUUGUCAUGGCGCAAUUGCCCGACGGCUCUAUCGAUCCUGUCGUGCUCGAAUUGUUUGCACAGCCCACCUCUGCUGCGCCGUUCAAGCUGUUUACGCUUGGCAUGAUGAUCGCCAACAAGCAUUUGGACGACAACACGUUCCUCAACAAGACGUGGAACGAGGUCACUGGCAUCCCGCUCGCCGAGCUCAACCAGACCGAGGCGUGGUUUUUGAAAAAGUGCAACUACGAGGUCAGCGUGCCCGACGAGACGUGGAUCGGCUUCCUUAACCGGUUGCAGUCCUGGGAGGAGAAGCGCUCGAGUCGUGGCAUGCACCGCGACCAAGAUUCGUCGAAGCGCUUGCUCCUCGUUCUCGACGAGGCCUUGAGUCACUUUGACGCCAUUCCGGCCUUGCAGUUGGAUGGCGGGAUCGCCCACGACAUGAUGCGCACCAAGUCGGCGUCGCCGAUGGAUAUGUGGGCCAGGCCACACCACCAUCACGCCGGCUCGCUCGCGCUGGGCGCUGACGUCGACGAUGCACAGCUGUGUCACUCGGCUCCUGCUAUGGCUACGUUCCCGUCGCACGACUCUACGCACGCCGCACCGCACAGGUCAGGCCACGUUGCGCGCGCCAGUGUGGCGAUGGAGAAUUCGUCGGCGACUCUGCUGCGUUCGAGCUCCGACUUUGCGUUCAAGGACAUCAGCCCGUUGAGCGAGUCUGGCAAGAGUCAGAGCGGGACCAUGUCGGGGCCGCUGAUGCCGUCGGCGCUGUUGAACGGCUCUCGCUCGCUGUUCCACCACGGCAGCAUGUUUGGGCCUCUGGCGACGUCGGGCUGA